GGCCUCUCGAUUUCUCCUCGUGCACUCGGCUACGCAUUCCGAAAGAGCGCUUGCGCACCAGCUGAACGCGCCCUUGAAAAAAAGCGGACAACCGGAAGCAGGACAGCAAUCAGCAACGGGCCGCAACAAUAACCUGCCCAAUCACCUGUGAGGUGCACUCCUCCUCUCUUUCUCUGCAACAGCCAAACCGCCUCCACCGCAACAACAACACACGUAAGAACACAGAGAAACAGCAAACAGCGUAGUUUCACGUGUGACUCCAUGGCAACUUCUUUGCCUUCCUUAGACGCCGUCGUGCGCAAGGUUCGCGCACAGGCUACCAAGCGGCGCAUCGCCCUGCAACCUUUCUUCGCCGACUUUGAUCGUCUGCACUCUGGUCGCAUCACCGCGGCGCAAUUCGCCCGGGUCCUCACCAGCAAUGACAUGCAGCUCUCCGGCGAGGAGAUCGAGGUGCUGGUGGCCGCCUUCACGCCCGACACCCCGGCCGCGGCGAUGGACGCCACCGCUGCUGCCUCGGCCGAGCUGAAGGAGAACCCACCGGUGAUGUACAACAGUUUUCUAGAGGCGUUGCAGGCCGCGCCGGGCAGCGUGGUCGCCUUCCGCCGCUCCAACGCGAGCGCCGCGCUGACCGCCGCCGAGCAAGCACGUCUCGCGCCCGUCAGCCUCAUGCUGCAGCGCGCCAUCCAGGCGCACGGCACCAGCCUCACGGGACCGUUCCGCGAUCUAGAUCCGCUGCGGACCGGCCGGGUCACCGCCGCGCAGUUCCGCCGUUGUCUGCCCUUUUCCUCCUCGGUGUCCGAGGACGCGAUGGGACUCUUCGCGAAGCAGUACAGCGAUGGCGCCGGCGGAGUGUACUACAUGCCCUGGUGCCGGUCCAUGGACCCAUCGUUGAAGGAGAAGGACGAGGCGACGCCCGACCGAACGAACGCGAUGACAGAGACGGCGAAGACGCGGUCCGCCACACUCGCCGGCUCGCACGCUGCCUUUUUCCAGUCCACCACCUCCGGCCUGUCGCACGACUCGUUCGCGAACCCCGACCUCACCGCCGAGGAGCUCAUCUCGAUCUUCCAGCAGCAGUGUGCCCUCUACCGUGUCCGCUACGAAGAUGCGUUGCGUGACAUGGACAAGAUGAAGACGGGUCGCGUCACGGCGGCGCAGUUCGAGUCCGCGCUCGGCCGCAUGCCGCUCGUGCACUUCGCCCUGCGCGACGAAAAUGUGGCAACGCUGGCGCGGUACUACAGCAACGGCUACAUCGGCCCGCUGGAGAGCUGCAUGGUCGAUUACCGCAGCUUUCUGCGUGACAUCCACCCCUCCCAGGCCACGCAGACGGCGGCGGAUGGCCGCGAGGUGCAGACGAACUUCUUCGCCACCGCCCACGCGCCGGACACGUACCUUACGAGCACCGACGAUCGCGACAAGGCAGAGGCGCUGCUCAGCAAACUGCAGGCCAACAUCCGCGCCAACCGGAUCCAUCUCAGCCCUGUUCUGCGUGACUUCGACCGCGUGCGAAAGGGCAUUUACGAGCAUCGCACGUGCACCCACACCCGCUUUGCGCGCGGGCUGGCGACGCAGAACAUCCUGCUUCCGCCGGAGGAGCUGCAGCUGCUGAUUCGCAAGUACACCGUGCCGAACCCCGAUGGGACACCCAGCAGCGAGGUGAACUACUACGUCUUUGUCCAGGACGUCGAUCCAUCGCAGGUGAACGGUGGUGCGGUGCAGCCGGCGGUGACCGCUCCGCACCUCACGGGUCAACGCGCGAGUAGCACGAAUACGAACGGCAGCAGUAAUAAUGGAGCGGCGGUCACGAAGGAGGAGGCGGUGCGACGCGUGGCGCAGCAGGUGAUGUCCCGCCGUCUUAGCCUCGCCACGUUUCUGGAGGAGGCAGACCCGAUGCGCAGCGGCACCGUGCUGAGCGGCAGACUUGGCGGCGUGCUGGACCAAGCCGGUGUGCAGCUGACGGCGCAGGAACUCGCCGCCCUCGAGACCGCCUUCGCCUCAACGCGAGUCGCCGGCGCAGUGGACAGCGCGCAGCUGCAAAGUGAGGUGAAGGCGAUGGUGGUGGUGCUGCAGAGCGAAAAGCAGCAGCAGCAGCAGAGCGGCCUCAACGGCGGGCCCGCCACUCGCAUGGAAAGUGUGAGCCCCGAGGUGCAGCGUCUGCUGGCACGCGUGCAGCACAACGUGCGGGUGCACAACGCGCUGCUGAUGCCCUUCUUUAACGACUUUGACCGCAACCACCGCGGCGUCAUCACUCCGCAGCAGUUUGCGCAGGCCUGCGUGCGUCACCACCUCCCACUCAGCGAGCCGGAGCUGAAGUUGGUGGCGGCGGCUUACCAAACAGACGCCGCCCACGCCGACGAGGUGCACUACCUCGCCUUUAUUCGUGAUGUGGGCUGCGGCGAGGAGAGCGCCUCUUCCGGAGCAGCGGAGACGGCGACGACUGUGACGGCAACAAGGACGUCGCCGGCUGCGUCUCUCGCUGCUGGGGCGGUGCAAACGCUGUCCGGCACGGCGGCGGCAGCGGGGGCGGCGUCAGAAGAGGCAGCCGCGGAUGUGGAUGACCUCUUAACCAAGAUCUGCCUCUUUCUCCAGGAACGUCGCCCGCGCGUGUCGGAGUUCUUCCCCGACGGCGACGAGCUGCGCCACCACCACGUCACACCCACCCGUUUCCGUCACUGCCUGUCCAUGCUGGGGAUGACCUCGUUGACAGAGCAGGAGCUGUGCACGCUGGAAGGCGGCUUUCCCUCUGCGAAGUGCCCCGGCGAGAUCGACUACCCGGCGUUCGUGUGCACGCUGCGGGCGAUGUUGGCGGACGGUGUGGGGAUCGCGGCGGUGACGCAGCGUCGGCUGGGCAGCGGCCGAUCGGCCCUGGGGACGAACACCGCAUCGGCCAGCUCCGCCGCGAGUGUGUUCGGCCAGACGACGCUGAAGCGCGUGCAGCACAUGCUGCGUGCCCGCCGCACUGCGACCAUCACGGCCUUCCGCGAGUACGACCGCGCCCGCAAGGGUUUCGUGACGGACGGGCAGUUCUUUGCCUGUUUGAAGGCUUUGGGGGUGGCGCUGCGGCCGGAUGAGGCGUCCGCGCUGUUGCAGCUGUACAGUGUCGGAGGUGGGCAGGUGCACUACCUCCCCUUUGCACAGGAGGUAGACGACGCCGCCCUCGUCCCGGUGAGUUAG